GCCGGAGCAACGAGCAGUCGGCUGACAACCACCGACCACCACGAUCGUCGACAAUCGCGAUGAAGAUGGCUGCCGAGGUGAGGUGGCUUUUGGCUUUUCUAGUAUCGUUCGCCGUCCCGUCCACCCGUGGCGAGACGCCGCAUCGAAAAUUCGAAUACAAGUACUCGUUCAAGCCACCGUAUCUCGCGCAAAAGGAUGGCAGCGUACCGUUCUGGGAAUACGGCGGAAAUACUAUUGCUAGUGCAGAAAAUGUCAGAGUAGCGCCCUCACUUAAAAGUCAAAAAGGUGCAAUAUGGUCGAAGCAGCCAACAACUUUCGACUGGUGGGAGGUAGACUUGGUAUUUCGUAUAAGUGGACGGUCAAGGAUAGGAGCGGAUGGUUUAGCAUUUUGGUACACAACUGCCCAAGGCGCCUACAACGGCACCGUUUUCGGCAGUUCGGAUCUUUGGACAGGCCUGGGAAUUUUCUUUGAUUCAUUUGAUAAUGACAAUAAGCACAAUAAUCCAUAUAUCAUGGCUGUUAUCAACGAUGGCACAAAGAUCUUUGAUCAUCAAAAUGACGGUUCUACGCAACAAUCGGCAGGCUGUUUGCGAGAUUUCCGCAAUAAACCUUAUGCCACGCGUGCACGGAUAGAGUAUUAUAAGAAUACAUUAACAUUAAUGUUUCAUAAUGGCAUGACAAACAAUGAUCAAGAUUAUGAAAUGUGUUUUCGAAUUGAUAACGUUGUAUUACCGAAAAAUGGAUACUUUGGAAUUUCCGCUGCUACUGGUGGCCUGGCCGAUGAUCAUGAUAUCUUACAUUUCCUAACCCUCUCUUUGUAUCCUCCCGGACAGUUACCAGUAGAUGAUCAUAAAGUUUCUUUAGAGGAACAGGCCAAACUUCAACAGGAAUACUUGGACUACCAAAAGAAACUAGAUGAACAGAAAGAGGAAUAUCGCAAAGAACAUCCAGAUAAAUUUCGGAAACAAGAAUAUGAAGAAUAUUAUGAAACAGAGAGUCAGAAAGAAUUACGGCAGAUAUUUAAUGGACAGAGUCAGAUGUUUGAUGCCUUGCGUGAACUUAACAGAAAAUUAGAUGAAAUUGUUGGAAGACAAGAGAGAGCAUUGAGUUUGAUAUCACAAGUUCAAGCGGGUCAAGCAGGUAUACAGGUUGUAAAUGGCCAACCAGGACAGCAGCCUGUGCUGGUUGACACCAUACGUCGGCACGAGGUCGAUUCUGUGCUAAAUAAUCAAAAUAUUAUAUUAAAUACGGCCAAGGAGAUUAAAUCCUUUAUGGGAGAACUUCAUAGCAAGACUGAAUCCAUUCUUAACAAUCAAGCACGUGCUCCGACGGCACAGGUGCAGCCAAUGGGAUAUGAUCAUCAGUCAUUAAUGUCGGAGAUACGAGACGGACUGAAUACAUUGAAAAAAGAUAUUAAAACCACGGGAAGCGCGGAUUGCCCUAAUUGUCUAUCAGUCGGCAUGUUCUUGCUAUUCAUCGCAAUACAAAUGAUAAUAUUAUUGGUGUAUAGUAUUUACCGGGACAAUAAAGAAGCGCAGAUGAAGAAACUCUACUAAUAUACACAUCGUUUGUGGUCGAACUUUACAAUACAUUCUCGUUUGUGAAUUAUGUGACUCAAUAUUUUUAUUACUCGUUAUUCAUAUCCGCGACGUGUCUCGAUAUUUGUAAUAAAUACAUCCUUCGUCUUUGUCAGAUUAAUCUGAAAUUAUGCAAUAGGAUAUUGCCCCACGAGGACACAAAGACAUCUCACAUCGAUGUGAGACACCGUUUUAAAUAGUUACAUUUAAACGGGAAGCCAUCACCCGCACAUAUAACAAUGAUGUAUAUUGUGAUCAUUGUAUUUUGGCAGAAUGCGUUUGGAUGAAUGGAGGAAUAAUUACAGAGCUAAAAGCUAUUUAUGAGUAGAUCUUACAAGAGUUAUUAAAGAUGUUCCACGAGAUUUUUUCUUGUAUAUCGUUAAAUAUAUAUAUUUUUUUACUGUCGAGAUCGCAUCGUCAGCAUGUUUAUCAUUACACAUACAUCGCUUUCAAAUUUCAUUCCUAAUAGCUGUAUCAAUUAUUGGUCUCUUGUGCAACUUCUUGCAUGUAAAUCUUUGUACGAUAUUUUAUAUUACGCAUUUAGUACUUGAAUAUAUGAUUUAUGAUUUAUGUUAUUUGUAAGAACUGUUUGAGAUUGAUAUUUGGCUGCGCCAUUUGUUGCAGUGAAGAAUUAUAUGGCAAAUCUUGCAACCAUUAUACAGUAAUGUGAUUGUUCGAUUAUUGCAUCAGAGGUUGUAGAAUGACAAUGUGCAUACGAAUGUGUAUCUGUGUAUACUCUACAAUUUAUCUUGUCACGUCGUAAGGUUGAUCGUAUACGACGGCUGCGUUUUUGAAGCUAUAAUAAGAACUCUGAGUACUGUAUGUAUUGUAUGUGUGCAAGAUGCAUGAAUAGUAGUAGUAGUAGUAGUAUACAGGAAAAUGGGAAUUUAUAAGUUUGUUAUUCUCCUCAUUGCAUUUGUAAAAGUUUAUUGAAUAUUGUAAAGAUGAUUUAUCUAAUAAUGAAAAUACAAAGAUACAAAAACGA